GCUAACUCUUGAUUUCAAUAUAGAAAUGAGAGUGGGGAUCAUUGUUUCGUGGCGACGGGGCUUUUUGUUGUUCCUUAUCGUUGGUUUGAGCUUAUUUCCCCUUGGAUCAUGUCUGGAUGGAGAUGAUUACAGCAAAACAGGAAGCCCUAAAGUUCUCAUUCCUGUUACAAACAUUGUAUACAAUCGGCUUCAGAAUUUAAAGAAUGUCUUGAAGGCUGACAUUGAUCGAAAUUUAGGAUAUUGCAUUACGAACGUGAAGAAAGAUUGGGAUGAAGCAUUUAACUUUGAUAAAAACUUGGAUUUCUUGAGUAAUUGUGUUAAGAAAACUAAAGGGGAUAUGACGCUUCGGCUAUGUACAGCUGCAGAGAUAAAGUUUUACUUUAGUAGUUUUGUUAAAAGAGAUCAAGUAACAUCGGUUCACGUAAAGCCUAACAUUAACUGUAAUUUGGCUAAAUGGGUUUCGGGGUGUGAGCCGGGAUGGGGUUGUAUGGCAGAUGACAACAAAAAGUUCAAUCUAAACGACGUUAAAGCUCUUCCCUCUCGGACCCGUGACUGCCAACCUUGCUGUGAAGGGUUCUUCUGCCCUCAAGGUCUCUCUUGUAUGAUACCUUGUCCGUUAGGCGCUUAUUGUCCACUCGCAAAGCUUAAUAAAACAACGGGAGUUUGUGAACCAUACAAUUAUCAAAUUCCUCCGGGAAAAUUGAAUCAUACAUGUGGUACUGCAGAUUCAUGGGAUGAUGUUGAUGGUAGUGCUGAUAUGUUCUGUUCUCCGGGAUCAUAUUGCCCAACCACAAUUCAGAAGAUCACUUGCAGUAGUGGACACUACUGCAGGAAAGGUUCCACUUCUCAAAAACCAUGUUUCAAGCUUGCUACUUGCAAUCCAAAUACUGCAAACCAAAACAUUCAUGCUUAUGGAGCCAUUCUUAUUGUGGCUCUAAGUCUUCUGAUGAUCAUAGUCUAUAACUGCUCGGAUCAAGUUCUUGCUACGAGAGAAAGAAGACAGGCUAAAUCUAGAGAAGCUGCAGCCAGACAUGCAAGAGGAACAACACAAGCUCGGGAGAGAUGGAAAACUGCGAAGAACAUUGCCAAGAAGCAGAAUAUAGGACUGACCGAGCAGUUGUCAAGAACAUUCUCUCGUAGGAAAUCCAUGGCACAAAAAUCAUUGAAAAUCGGUAAGUCUAGCACGAACAAUGGCUUACCUCCUAUUCCUUCUUCAUCUGAUAAGUCAAAGGAGGAGGAGGAAAAGCGUAAUAAUCUGACCGGGAUGAUGCAAGCUCGGGAGGAAAACCCGAGAAGCAACGAAGGGUUUAAUCUGGAAAUAGGAAGCAAGAAUGUGAAGAAACAGCAGGCACCAAAGGGUAAACAAUUGCAUACGCAAAGUCAGAUUUUCAAGUAUGCUUAUGGUCAAAUAGAGAAGGAGAAGGCAAUGGAGCAACAAAACAAGAACUUGACCUUCUCUGGAGUCAUUUCCAUGGCUACUGACACUGAGAUUAGGACUAGACCUGUAAUCGAAAUUGCCUUUAAGGAUUUAACACUUACGUUGAAGGGAAAACAUAAACAUCUCUUGAGAUCUGUCACCGGAAAGUUCAUGCCUGGUCGUGUUUCUGCAGUCAUGGGCCCAUCAGGGGCAGGAAAAACUACAUUUCUUUCGGCUUUGGCAGGAAAAGCAACCGGAUUGACAAGAGCUGGCUUGAUUCUUGUAAACGGGAAAAAUGAAUCUAUACUCUCCUACAAGAAGAUCACUGGGUUUGUACCACAAGAUGAUAUUGUACACGGAAACCUAACAGUGGAAGAGAAUCUUAGAUUCAGCGCACGAUGCAGGCUGAGUGCUGACAUGACAAAAGCAGACAAGGUUCUGGUUAUUGAAAGAGUCAUUGAGAGCUUGGGGCUACAACAUGUGAGAGACUCUCUGGUUGGGACAGUGGAGAGAAGAGGAAUCUCUGGAGGGCAGAGGAAACGUGUCAAUGUCGGUUUAGAGAUGGUCAUGGAACCUUCCUUACUGAUAUUAGAUGAACCCACCACUGGUUUAGAUAGUGCAUCUUCUCAGUUACUCCUCAAAGCACUUAGACGUGAAGCCACAGAAGGGGUUAACAUCUGUAUGGUUGUUCACCAACCCAGUUAUACGAUGUACAAAAUGUUCGAUGAUAUGAUACUACUUGCCAAAGGUGGAUUUACUGUAUACCACGGAUCUGUCAAGAAAAUCGAAGAGUAUUUUUCAGGAAUCGGUAUCAAAGUCCCCGAACGUAUGAAUCCUCCUGAUCAUUACAUUGAUGUUCUUGAAGGCAUGGUGAAAUUAAAUGGUGAUUUGACUGUAGAACAACUCCCUGUGAGAUGGAUGCUUCAUAAUGGUUACCCUGUGCCCCAUGAUAUGCUUAAGUACUGUGAAGGACUCCCAUCUUCCUCAGGAACAGCUCAGGCUGACGAUUCCUCUGAACAAUCCUUCAGUUCAGAUUUAUGGCAGGACCUGAAAACUAAUGCCCAAAUGAAAAAAGACGAUAUACAUAAUAAUUACUCGGAUUCCUAUGACUUGUCCAAUCGGGUAACUCCUUCAGUGUACCGACAGUAUAGAUAUUUCCUCGGAAGGGUUGGGAAGCAAAGGCUGAGAGAGGCAAGACUACAGGCAUUAGAUUAUCUUAUACUGUUAGUUGCAGGAGCAUGUUUAGGAACUCUUGCAAAGGUGGAUGACGAGACGAUAGGUUCACUCGGCUAUACAUACACUGUCAUUGCAGUCUCUCUCUUGUGCAAGAUUUCAGCACUGAGAUCUUUCACAAUAGAUAAACUACAGUAUUGGAGAGAAAGCUCUGCAGGAAUAAGUAGCUUAGCUCAUUUUCUGGCAAAAGACACGAUGGAUCAGUUGAACACAGCCAUCAAGCCUUUGGUUUACUUGUCUAUGUUCUACUUCUUCAACAACCCAAGAUCAAGCUUUCAGGACAACUACCUUGUCCUGUUAUGCCUUGUCUACUGCGUCACCGGCAUGGCUUACAUAUUCGCCAUCUUAUACAGUCCCAGUGCUGCUCAACUGAUGUCAGUGCUGGUUCCAGUUGUCAUGACACUCAUAGCGAAUCAGGACAGGGAAAGCAUUGUCCUAAAGUACCUCGGAAGCUUCUGUUACCCUAAAUGGACUCUUGAGGCUUUUGUCCUCUCUAACGCCGAAAGGUACUCUGGAGUUUGGUUGGUGACAAGAUGCAACUCUCUUACGGAGAAUAGAUACAACGUUGGUGAUUGGGUUCUCUGUCUCAUCGUUCUCGUCCUUAUGGGCAUUACCUGUCGUUUCAUAGCUUUCUCUUGCUUGGUUACCUCCAAGAACAAGUAAGAAUCACAUGGAGUCUACUCUACCAGGGUUGGUAUUUUCGGUUCAAUUAUUUUCACAUUCGAUUUUGUAAGAAAGUUUAUAUAUAUAUAUAUAUAUAUAUAUAUAUAUAUUAGAUUAGGUUUAUUUUCAUAUUCGGUUUUUUUUUUUUUAAGAAAAAUUAUUAUCUAUAGUUCUUGCUCUCAGUUCUUAAACUAGAAGUUGAAGAGAUCAAAAUCCUUUUUUAGAUAUCGUAUCAUAUGUGUAUGAAAU